AUGUCUGCAAUUACAUAUGGAGACCACACCAAAGAUGUGGAGGAUUUGGAAGUGACUAAAUUCACGGUUCCAAGUGCCGUGGAACUGAAUCAAAUCCUCUUAAAAACACUUGCAACCCCCAUCAAUCCUUCAGAUUUGCUCUUGAUUAGAGGGGUCUAUGGAGCAUUUCCACCCAAAGUAAAGUUGUCCGAAACUGACCCGGUUGUUCACGUGGCUGGAAACGAGGGUGUUUUCGAGGUUACCAAGGUAGGGAAGAACAUUAAGGGUUAUUCUGAAGGCGAUUGGGUUAUUUUGACUUCUGGUAGAUUGGGAACCUGGAGAACCCAUGUUCUUGUAGAUUAUCCAGAGGGAGGACCUGAACCUCUUUUCAAGGUGAAAAGUGCCGGAGAAGGUGGUUUGAAAAAAAUUGAGGGUGCCACGUUAUCGGUGAAUCCACCUACUGCGUACCAAUUGGUGCACAAUUACGUCAAAGACUGGAAUUCUGAUGGAAAAGAUUGGAUCGUUCAAAAUGCCGGAGGUUCACAUGUAGCCCAGUUUUUGACUCAAUUUGCUCGCUUGUUGAAUGUCAAUGUCUUGUCGGUUAUUCGUGGAGGAAAACCAAACCACGACGAGAUUGUUAGUGAACUCAAACUGCUUGGAGCUACCGCGGUCAUCACCGAGGAACAAGCUCAAUCUGAACAAUUUCGCAACAAUGAACUCAAAUCAAUUUUCAAUGGUGGAAACGUCAGACUCGCUAUCAAUUGUCUUGGUGGAGCACUGGCUACGGCUCUUUUUCUCAUGUUGAGUCCUGAUGGAGCCAUGGUAACCUACGGAGCAUUGACUAAUGAUCCCAUUACUUAUCCACUGAGAUGGCAGCAGUAUAACAACUUGACCACUCAUGGUUACUUUCUUACUGGAAACACAAAGAGGAAUCCACAACUGAAGAUCGAUACUUUGAAUGCCGUUAUCAAGUUGUAUAAGCUGGGUAAAUUACAGGUUCCACCUGCUACAUUAUUGGAGUUUAAAGACGGUAAUCUUCUUGAUUUGUACCUUCAAGUGAUCAAGUCGGGCAAAAAGGGAAUAGUUAAAUACGAAUCCAAUUAG